CUGAGAGCAAGCCGGUGAUAAGGGGAACUGAAAACUACUAAGUGUGACAACAAAGACGCCCCGUAUUUAGGUCAGAACCAGCGAAACUAACCUCGGAACCCGCCCCGGGAAACCAUAGUCCGUUGGUAGCCCCUUCACAGCUUCACUUGCGCCGGCUGAGGAAAGCUCAUCAUGGGGGGGAGGAAGCUGGCGCUGGCGGCGGUCUUCUGCCUUGUUCUGGCAAUGUUGCCUUCUCACACAGCGACUGUAGCCGUCAUGUCAGUCGACCUGGGCAGUGAGUGGAUGAAAGUAGCGAUAGUGAAACCUGGUGUGCCGAUGGAGAUUGUUCUCAACAAGGAGUCGAGGAGGAAAACACCCACGGCUGUAUGUCUCAAGGAAAAUGAAAGACUUUUUGGAGACAGUGCACUGGGAGUGUCUGUGAAGAACCCCAAAACUGUUUACAGACACCUCCAAAGUCUACUGGGCAAAAAGCACAACAACCCCCAGGUGGCGCUCUACCAGAAACGUUUCCCUGAGCACCAGCUGCAAGAGGACCCGGUCAGAGGCACAGUUUACUUUAAAAACUCAGAAGAAAUACAGUACACACCUGAGGAGCUCCUUGGGAUGGUGCUCAAUUAUUCUUGUGGACUGGCUCAGGACUUCGCAGAGCAACCAAUCAAAGACGCAGUGAUCACCGUCCCAGCCUUUUUCAACCAGGCCGAGCGUAGGGCAGUCCUGCAGGCUGCACAGAUGGCAGGUCUAAAGGUUCUUCAGCUCAUCAAUGACAACACAGCCGUGGCCUUGAACUACGGGGUCUUCAGGAGGAAAGAUAUCGACAACACAGCUAAGAAUGUGAUGUUUUAUGACAUGGGGUCUGGAAGCACAACUGCCACCAUCGUCUCUUAUCAGACAGUCAAAACCAAGGAGGCUGGCAGCCAGCCUCAGUUACAGAUCCGAGGUGUCGGGUUUGACCGUGGAUUGGGAGGUUUUGAGAUGGACAUGCGGCUCCGGGACCACCUGGCUAAACUGUUCAACGCGCAGCAGAAGAGCAAGACAGAUGUGAGGGAGAACCACCGGGCCAUGGCCAAACUCCUCAAAGAGGCUCAGAGGCUAAAGACAGUGCUAAGUGCAAACGUUGACUUCAUGGCUCAGGUGGAAGGUUUGAUGGAUGACAUUGACUUCAAAGCUAAGGUGACCAGGGCUGAGUUUGAAGAGCUGUGUGCUGAUCUUUUCGAAAGAGUGCCUCGCCCGGUGCUUGACGCACUUGCUGCCGCCGAAAUGAAGCUGGAUGAAAUUGAGCAGGUGAUUUUAGUCGGGGGCUCCACCCGUGUCCCCAAGGUCCAGGAAGUGCUGCUCACAGCUGUGGGGAAAGAGGAGUUGGGGAAGAACAUCAAUGCAGAUGAGGCAGCAGCCAUGGGCGCCGUGUACCAGGCUGCUGCCCUCAGCAAGGCCUUCAAGGUCAAACCCUUCCUGGUCCGAGACGCAGCCGUCUUCCCCAUUCAGGUGGAGUUCACCCGUGAGACAGAGGAAGAGGGAAUUAAAACUGUGAAACACAACAAACGUAUCCUCUUCCAGAGAAUGGCGCCGUACCCCCAGCGCAAGGUCAUCACAUUUAACCGCUACAAUGCUGACUUUGCUUUUGACAUCAACUACGGCGACCUCAGCUUCCUGAGUCAGGAGGACAUCAGUGUGUUUGGCUCUCUGAACCUGACCACAGUCAAGCUGUCUGGAGUGGGCAGCAGCUUCCAGAAACACACAGACGCAGAGUCAAAAGGCAUCAAAGCCCAUUUCAACAUGGAUGAAAGCGGAGUGCUCCUGUUGGAUCGGGUGGAGUCUGUCUUUGAAACUAUUGUGGAGGAGAAAGAAGAGGAAUCGACCUUAACUAAACUGGGCAACACAAUUUCUACCUUGUUUGGAGGAGGAUCAUCAGAACCCGCCCCAAAUGUAACUGAACCUGUCCAGGACGAGGAGGAAGUGCCUCCAGAGUCUGGAAAGGACGGCAAGGACGAAGAUGGUAAGGAAGAGGCCCAGAAGGACGAGGCCGCCAAGGAGAAACAGGAAGAUUCUGAAAAAAGUGCAGGGGAAGAGAAAAGUCAGGACAAGACUGAGGAGGCAGGUAGCAAGACUGAUGCCAAGGAGGAGAAAGACGGAGAUAAAUCUGAAAACGCUGAGGCAGAGAAGGAUGUGGAGAAGAAGGCUAAACCUCAGAAGAAGAGCAAGAUCUCUGAAGACGUCACAGUGGAACUCAUCAUCAACGACAUCCUUGACCCCACUGCAGAUGAUGUCACUUCCUCCAAGAAGAAGUUGCAGGAUUUGACAGAAAGAGACCGGGCCAAACAGGAGAGGGAAAAGACACUGAACAGUCUGGAAGCUUUUAUCUUUGAGACACAGGACAAGCUGUACCAGGAGGAUUACCAGCUGGUGGUGUCGGAGGAGGAGAAGGAGCAGAUCUCCGCCAAGCUGAGCGAGGUGUCGGAGUGGAUGGACGAGGACGGCUACACGGCCACCACCAAGCAGCUGAGAGAGAAGCUGUCUCAGCUGAAGAGCCUGUGCAAGGACAUGUUUUUCAGGGUGGAGGAGCGACGCAAGUGGCCGGACCGCCUGGCCGCCCUGGAGAGCAUGCUCAAUACCUCCAGCUUCUUCUUGAAGAGUGCCAAACUGAUUCCUGAGGAUGACCAAAUCUUCACUGAAGUUGAGCUGAAUAUGUUAGAAAAAGUGAUCAAUGAAACAACGACGUGGAAGAAUGAGACGGUAGCAGAGCAGGAGAAACGCUCUCCAAAGGAGCGUCCCAUCCUACUGUCCAAAGACAUCGAGUCCAAGCUGGCUCUGCUGGAUCGAGAGGUCAACUACUUGCUCAACAAAGCCAAGUUUGCCAAGCCAAAGGCUAAAGCCAAAGCCAAGAACAGCACCAGCUCUGAUAAAAGCAGCAAGGCCAAUAAUACGGCGGAGGAGAAAGUCAUCCCUCCCACAGAGGAGAGCACAGACACAAAGAGUGAAAGCCCAGACGAGGCGCAGCCAGGGGAAGCCCCGCCCACUGACGACAACGCUGUACACACAGACUCAGACAGCCAAUCACAGCCCACAGAAGAAACAACAACCACAGGACCAACAGAGAAGGCCCAACCUGAAAACCACAUAGAAGAUGAAUUAUAACAGCUGGAACUGGGGAAAAAAAUCACUAUAUUUAUUGACAGUGUAUAAAUGUUCAAGUUCCUUCUCACUCUCUGUUUUUGUUUGGUUGUUUUCUCUUUUUUUUUUUUUUUUUUUUUUAUGCCCCUGUGUAUUGAACCGCUGGAACCUGAUUGGAUAAGGAUUGAAGACCAGUCACCUUGUUCCCCUUUCCUCUUCUGUGCUUUUCAUCUCUUCUGUUUGUCAUGGAUUCUGUAAGCAACGGACACUUAAACACCAUGAAGAAGUAGUUCAACUAAAAUAAAGCCCAAGAGGACGCAGUGCAGGUCUGCAGGUUCAAAUGAAACAUCUUCCCGUGUCCAACGAAUGAUGACAUCGAUGCUGAUACAGAGGGAGAUGGAAGCAGUGCUCGGCCACAUCGGUUUAACUGUAUGGAUGUUUGACACGGAUAAGUGUUGUUAUACUCUGGUUUGUCAUUUCCUGCCUUGUCCUCGGCACUGUAUCACUGUCACUGUUUGUCCUAACACCUGCACCUUCACUGACUUUUCAUGGCCCCUGAUUGAGUGCACUACCUAACGGUGCUGGCCACAGCAGAGGGUGAGGGGUGGUUUAGAGUCCUUUGGAGGAUUCCUCAUGCGUGAAUUCCUUUGCUCCAAUCCAGAAUUUAUUUGGCCAUAUAAUUCGAAGGUAGUUUUGUAGAAAACGUCACACUGCAGACAAAUCUGCCCAAAUCAAAAAACAAACAAAAAAUGCCAUCAAAUAAAUCAGAGUUGAGUCUUAAGGUUGCAGUGUGAACGUAGCCAAAAAGACAUUACAAACCCCCUAAGGUUCAUUUAAGGUUUUCUUUUUUCUAAUUACUGCUGGGGUCUGUCAUGUAGCAGUUGAUGGUGGUGGUUAACUGCUCAGGUGCUCCUCUAUGUGCAGAUUGACAACUAGAACUAAAACUGAGCUGCCAAAUAGGGAAGAGUCAACAUUGUGUCUCUACUCUGCUCCACUUCUGAUACAGCUGGAUGAACUAAUAUGACGCAUGAAUUUUUCUACUGAUGCCAGUACAAGCUUGAAUGUCUUUUGGUGGCAGAGGUCAAACUCCAUGUUUUCUCAUAAGCUGCUAAACGUCGUAGAAGAGUUGGUGUGUUAGUGUCGUCACUGCUCUUUACCUCAAUGUGCCCCAUGGUGCAGAUUCACGUUCUGAUGUUGGCUCCAUUUUUCCGUUACAACAAUUGGGGGUGGGUCAGCUGUGUGCUUCUGUGUUUGCAGCACUUAUUGGAAGGGGGGAUUUGAAGAAAACAAAAGUUAGAAAUGAAAAACAAUGUUGUGUUUCUAAACUGUUAAUAAAAAUCUUUUUUUUUUGUUUUU